CACUUGUUUCAUAACUAGCAAAUCGGCUAGUUAAAUGUACCGAUCAGCGAAAGAAGUAGAAUGCUCCGCCUUGUUCAUUUCUCUAAUUCUCUUCUUCCCAGACUCGCACCCUCUUCCCCCUUCGUUCAUCAGUUCCUGGGAUAAAGCGUAAUUACUUAGUGAAGUGUUCAAAUACUGAGAGAUGGUUGGAGAAUAUCUACUUUCAAAAGAGAGAAAACAAGCUUCUCUUCGUCUCUGCAAUGUCUCUAGUUUUAUGACGGAAUUGCUAGAAUUAAGCGCUGAAAACCCUUCAUUGCAUGUUGUAAUCAUCCCAGGAAAUCCAGGUGUGGUUCAGUUCUAUAAACAUUUUGUUGAAGGUGUGUAUGAGAUGCUUGAUGGAUGUGCUUCAGUAACAGCAAUUGGCCACAUUUCACAAACUAAAAAGAACUGGGAUUCGAACAGGUUAUUUUCGUUGCAAGACCAAAUUGAUCAUAAGGUGGCCUUUAUUAAUCAAGAGAUUCAGAAUACUGAAAUUCCUAUUUUCCUGGUGGGGCAUUCUAUUGGUUCGCAUAUGUCUCUGGAGGUUUUUAGGAGUCUACCAGAACGGGUGAAAUAUUGUGUAGGACUAUACCCGUUCUUGAGUUCAAACAAGGAAUCUGUUGCGCAGAAAGUAAUUGAAAAGAUCUCAAUGUCCUCAAUUCUAUGUUCGGCGAUUAGUUGUAUUGUAUCAGCACUGGGCUUACUUCCAAGACGCCUCACCAGGUUUCUCGUGAAAAGAUCUGUUGGGAAGUCAUGGUCUACUGCAUCAGUUGAGGCUCUUUGUGGUCACCUGCUGCAGUACCACACAAUGCGGAAUAUCCUCUUUCUGGCAAAGACAGAGUUCGAGAAGUUUGCCCAAGAGCCAGAUUGGAUAUUUAUGAAGGAAAAGCAGGAUCAAAUUUCCUUUUUAUUUGGGAUCGAUGAUCACUGGGGCCCACUGACAAUGUUUGAAGAGAUUUCCAAGAAGGUCCCAAAUGUAGCUUUAUCAAUCGAGAAAGAGGGGCAUACACAUUCAUUUAGUUGCACCGAGGCAGGCUCAGUGUGGCUUGCUGACCAUGUAGUAAGCGUGAUUAAGCAUCAAUUACAAGUUAAAGCUGACAGAGUCAAAGAUACAAUGGUUGGAUGAGAAUAGCUAUUAAAUUGGAAACUUUCCACAUUGGACUAACAGUCUUCAGCUGAUCUGAAGCACACUUUGCAGAACACCCACCAGGUUAAGGAUAUUUAUGUUAAUGGAUCUUUUCUGUACAAAAUCCAUGAUUAGAUCUCAAUAUACAAAGAUUACUGUUGAACAAUUACCAAGGAAAAAAAAGAUUACUGUUAAAACACAGAUUAUGUUUCUUUCAUGUUCCAAAUAUUUGACCAGACACUUCCUUUUCAUGGUUGUAUUAGUGGUCAGUAGUCAAAGGUCAAACACGUAAAAUAUUUAUUUCUUUUAGCACAGCAGCACAGGUGAUUAUUUCUUUAUGUUCCAGA